AUGAUAUUAAGAUUAUUAAAUAAGAUAAAAUAUAAUUUUAAAUUAAAUAAAAAUUUUAUAUUAUAUAAAUUUAAUAAAAUUAUUUAUUAUUUAAUUAUAUUAUUAUAUAAUUAUAAUUAUAUAUUAAAGUUUUAUAUUAUUGUUAUAAAUAAUAGAUAUUAUAUUUUUAUAAUUUUAAAUAAAUAUAAAAAAAUUAUGUAUUUAAAAAUAUAUAUUAGAUAUAAUCAAUUAUUUUAUAUAAAUUAUAAUAAAUUAAUAUCUUUUAUAAAAUUAAAUAAAUAUUUUAAAGGUUUAUUAGUAAUAUAUUCAUGUAAGUAUAAAUUUAUUACACAUAUAUUAUCAUUAAAAUAUAAAAUUGGUGGUAUUUUAAUAUGUUAUAUUUUUUAA